GAGACGACUUCAGAUUCAGGGGGUUGCCGCACUCCAUUGGCUUUUAAUCAUUCUCUAUGAGUUACUGAUGGGGGAAGGAGCCUGUGGCUGGCAAUACAGCUAUUCAAAUGACAACAUGGCCUGGACAGAUGCCAGACAGUACUGCCAGAAGACUGCAACAGACCUGGUUGCAAUACAGAAUGUUGCAGAAAAUAAUUACCUGAAUAGGGUUGUACCACUAAAUCGAAAUUACUACUGGAUUGGAAUUAGAAAGAUAAACAAUAUUUGGACAUGGGUUGCUAAUAAUAAGUCAUUGGAUGAAAAAGUAAAUCUAUGGGCUACUGAUGAACCAACUCCUGGGUCACAAGAUUGUGUAGAGAUUUACAUAAAGAGGCCACUGGACACAGGAAUGUGGAAUAAUGAUCCGUGCACAAAGACUAAAAGAGCACUGUGCUAUAAAGCUUUGUGCCAGAAUGAUUCGUGCAGCAGCCACAGUGAAUGUGUCGAGCAUAUUGGAAAUUAUUCAUGCAAAUGCAAUGAAGGUUAUGAAAGGCCUAGGUGUGAUCAUGCAAUAAAAUGCAAGGAUCUGACAUAUCUGAAACGAUUGACCAUAAGCUGUUCGCAUCCCAUUGCACAGUUCAGCUUCAAGUCAAACUGUAGCUUUAGCUGUGGUGAAGGGUUUAAGCUCCAGGGACUAGACACGCUGCAGUGUAAAGGCAAUGGAAAAUGGAACGGAAAUAUACCAACUUGUAAAGGUGUUUCAUGCCCGAAUCUGAAAACUCUUGAAAAUGGAAACAGAAUAUGCUUACAUCCCUUUGGAGAUUUCAGCUUAAACUCAACUUGUAACUUUACCUGUUCUGAGGGAUUUAAUCUCCGAGGGGCAAAUAGUAUAAGGUGCACAAGCUCCGAAACAUGGACAGCAGCAGUACCCACCUGUGAAGCUGUUCUAUGCAAGCCUCUGCUCUAUGAGGAUCAGAAUGUGAUCACAGCUUGCAUGCAUCCCAACGGAAAGUACAACUACAGCUCAACCUGCGAAAUUACCUGUCCUGUUGGCUAUGAGCUCCAAGGUUAA